GUGAGCAUACUCUCUAAUCUGUGUUUGUGAGUGGUAUUUUUAUUUGCGAGCGAGAGCGUUUUCGGUAUGAACAUUCUGUUCUGGAUGAAAAAUACGUGAAAAAAUCGCACUGUGUAAAAGGAGAAAUACUUUAACAAUGGAGGACGCCACGGUCCCUUUGCAUUUGGAACCUAUGCAGCAGAGUGAGGUGUGCGAAAAGAGGCUUUGGAUUGGCAACCUGGACACCAGAGUUAAUGAGUAUCAAUUACUGAAAAUGGUCCGUGUGUAUGGGAACAUCGAAAAGUUUGACAUGCUGUUUCAUCGGAGUGGACCCAACACGGGUCAGCCCCGGGGAUUCGCCUUUGUUACGUACAAGCUUAGGCAAGAUGCAAUUCAAGCCAUGAACUCAUUGAACGGACAGCUAUUAGGCUGCAAAAGAAUCUGUGUCAAAUUCGCAAAGAAUACUUCGGAUGACCAGGACAAACCAAAACCAGAGUUGGGUAUAGCGGCUUUAGCUGGUGCUAAGCCGGAGUUAAAACUAAGCAAAAAGACAGCCAUCCAGUCUAUUGAGGCCAAGCUGAAGAUGAUGGAGAACAUGAAACCAGGCGAUGACUUUGUAGUCAACAAGCUGGCAGCCAAUGAGACCCCAAUCAUUGCUCAGUAUCAGUCAAAACAGCACCAGCCCCCCAAUAAAACCAUCAGCUCGUUUAGAAGAAGACACCCCUAUCAUAAAAAAAGAUAAUCUUUUUUUUUAGAUUAUUACAUCGCCUUUGUAAAUCAGGUAAAGGAAAUAUUUAAGGGCACA